AUGCUGUACGACACGUUGUGCGGCGCGACGGCCGCCCUGGACCUUCCGCAGCGCCGCUUGCUAGUCGAGCCUGCGGCCAUGUCGCACAACACCGCCCUGUUCACGGACUCGAGCUUUUUCAUGGACCCCAUGCUGCAGUUCUUCAAACUACCGGAUUACGUGUUCGAGCUGGUUCUGUUGCCGGAUUUCGGGCAGUUUCGCUUGCUGAAGCGGCGCAAUAGGUCAUCUACCUCGUCGACCGGCAGAAGUACUUCGCAGCAGAAAGGUCAUGCGAAAAGCGAAAAUGGUGCAACUCCGUUCGCGGGGAAAAAAGAAACCUCUGGAGGACUUCAGAAUUCCGGUACGAAAGAGAGCACGGCCUCUUUUUCGCCGAUGGACAACCUUGACGAGGACGAGUACGGCGAUUUGGUCGAGCGGAACAGCAAAAUGAGCCCUAGCACGAUCCAGCGCGGCAGCGCCCCUGCCGCGCCCAUCCAGCGGCUGCCGCGCCCCUUCGAGACCCAUUCGUCAAGGUUCGGGGAAACAGGAGUAAGUACGGGGAAUAAAGCUGGUGCGACGACGCUGCAAUUUUUCGUUCCAGACGAGCAGGAGGUGGUGAAACCCUUGCCGAAGCGCAAGCAAGGGACCGCAACGCUUUCCACGCUUGCCCCGGGUAAAAAUGCAGUGGUCCCGUCGGCGUCCUCUUCGACAGCGUUAAACUCAUCUGGCAGAACACUGAGCUCCUCGGCGUCUGCUGGCAGUUCCGGCGCCGGGGCAGGAUCAUUUUCAUCUGAGCAGUCCAGCGCAGCGAUACGUGGCGGUGAAGGAGCAAAGAAUGAAAAACAGCAGGGCCCUGCUGUGCAGCAGCCUCUGGUUCUUGAGAAGUUAUCAACUUCAAGCACCGCUGUAGUUCCUCACCCCACAAACAACAGUGAGUUGAACGGUGGAGUUGCUGCAACUUCUGUGUCAAGUGGCAAUUUAGAAGUUCCCGGGAACAAGCUCGCUGCGCUGAGUGAAGAUGUCGAGGAUACCGCCGGACUGAUUAACGAAUAUUUCGCGAAAAGCAGCCGGUCCGCCAGCUCGGAGGACAAAAGCGAGAUCGAAUUUAGUGCGCGGUCCACUGCCAGCGGGGAAGCGAAUGUCAUUGACCUGGAUGAAACGGCCUUUGCUACGCCGCGCGGCCGCAGUGCGUCGACCCUGAGUCUCGAAGCAGUUCCCGCAGCACUAAAACUGCAAAGUCGAAGUGAGACGGAGCAGACUAUUUCCGUUCCCGAAGCUCCUGACCGCAGUAGAGCCUCCGAGACAUGGAAGAAGCCGACUGUUGUCUCAGCCGGUACUGCUAAGGGUGAAACCUCCUCGACGAGGACAGGCGGUCUUCCGUUUCAGCCUGCCACCAACCGUCGGUCCAUUACAAACACACGGCAGAUGCUCGGGCGCGUUCUUGCCCCUCCGAUUCAGUCGCCUGCGUCUCCCCUGCUGAUUCGUAAAUCCGCCAGCGCCAGCCUCGGGCUCUCCAGCCCGGAAACGACGCAGAUUGCAGAACCGCGCCCAACCAGUCCGCACCAAUUGCCUGCGCAUCUUGUCGUGAGCCCGUGGAAUCUGACUCCGUGCGGUACCGCAGAGGUCAUCGACGAGGGCGUAUUUAGUCCUGGAAAUAGACAACACGGCGCCGGUCAAGAACCCGGCAGUUCGCAGAGACGGAAGUUGUCGCAUCAGAGACCGCGACUCAGCAGCGAGACGCGCUUUCCCGUGCGGCCGCCAACGAGCGCGGUGAGCCCGCCCUCGACAGUGCUCGUCGAAGAUCUCGAUUUGAGCUACACACCUACGAAAGCGAAAGCUGAAAACGCAACUCCAGGACAACCGGGCGAUCGCACAAAAACAGACGAGGAGGAGCUUCUGCAUUCGUCAGGCGCCGAAACAGUGGACGUUGAAGAACUUGAGCAGGGGAGUCAGAAUUUCAUGCGGCAGAAGAUGAAACAAGAAGUGUUGGCCGUUGGAGCCGGGUAUGGCACAAAAACUCCGGCGAAGAAAGAGAAAGAAGAAAAAGAACAGGGAACAACUGAUGAGGGUGCGCGACCACGACGGACAAAAAUGCGAAUUCGGCCGUCGGGGAAAGCCAUUUCGCCCGACUCGCCCAUGUUUCCAUCUCCAUCGCCGAAAGCGGAAACAUCACCGGAGUUAUUUCUCUCCAGCGAAGACGAAGACUAUGUGCCGCAGGAACCAAUUCCCCGCGCCUCGAAGCAGUCCCAACUCGUGACCGAGUAUCCGCCCGCGGUUUUGAAGUGGAAGGGAAACAGGACGACCGGAAGCGUCUCUUCAACACCUACCGGUAGCAAGAGCAAGACCGGAGCUGCAUCUUCGGCUGACGAGAGCCUGCCGUUUGCGUGGGGAAAGCCGAGCCGGGCCGUGGAAAAACUGCGCCAGUCACAGGUAGCGGCGAACGCCAGUGCUGGCGGUCAUGUUGGUUCGAUCGCCAGUAUGAACGGCAAGCAGGGAGAGGAACCCGGUGCUCAUCUCAACACCCGUUCCUCUUUUAGCGUCACGCCAUCGAAAAAUUUCGCCGCAAAAAGCAGCGAAGUAGGCAGUGGGAACAAACGGCUGGGGGAUGACAAAAAGAAUGAUCUCGCGCAAGGAGGACCAGCACGACAGAACCCGAUCCGCACAGGCGACAAAGGAAAAGAGUUUCUGUCUAGUACCAGCAGCGACAUCCUGGAUUUCCAGAACGCAAACAACGACUUCGGUCGUGCCAGUAGUGCGGGGUCGACGCUGCCAGAGAAGAGAAGUAAGUCGCGCUUCAGCACGCCUGGGUGGUUGAAAGCCCCGAAACUGCAAUUUGGAAAUUUGACGGGAGGGUCAGCCGCUGCGCGGAAGCAAUCCGGAGCAAAAGGAGUGGACGAGCGACCCUUUGCCGACACUGAAAGCGACGCAGAAAAGAAGCGCGAAGCGUACAACUUCUUCCUGACGCCAAACGUGGCGCCAGAAGUUGCUACGAAGAGAGUUUGA